AUGUAUCUCCAGAUAUCUUCCUCCGGCGCUGUCGUCGUGCCCAACGUCAUUGGAGGAGAUGUCGUCUCUCUGCCCGAAUCUCAGAAUUUCCCGGUUAUUCAAGGUUCGACCGGUAACGCCAUUCAUUGUGCCCAGAGCGCGACGGUCGACGUCGGAAUCAAGGCUGUCGAGACCGCUGCCGAGGUCUUCAAGACGUGGAGGAAGACGCCGCUGUCUCGGCGCCGAGCGGUGCUGAACAAGGCUGCUGACAUCCUGGAGACAAAGGCUGAAGAGUUGGCGAAGAGAGAGAUCUCGGAGACUAGUUGUGAUCCGCAUUGGCCCGAGUUUGGAGUGACCUAUGCGUCGAAGUUUGUGAGAGAGACGUCUGCCAAUGUUUCAACCGUGCACGGGAGCAUUCCUGAUUCGGAGGUCUCUGGAACAACUUCAUUGGUGUUCCGAGAGCCCGUUGGUGUCGUCCUUACUGUCAUACCAUGGAAUGCUCCAAUCAUUCUAGCCUGCCGUGGCAUUGCAGCUGCCCUCGCAGCAGGUUGUACCUUGGUACUUGAAGUCUUCACCGAAGAGGGACUUCCCGCUGGGGCAUUGAACAAGAUUCAAUGUUCUCGUGCCGAUGGCCCCGCUGUCACUGAAGCUAUCAUCAGCCAUCUGGCUCUGAGAAAGGUCGAAUUUAUUGGUAGUGCCGCGGUUGGGAGGAUUAUAGGGAGUAUUGCGGGUAGGCAUCUAAAGCCUGUCCUGAUGGAGUUGGGAGAUCAAAGUCCAGUCAUUAUCCUUGAAGACGCAGAUUUGAAGGCUGCUGCGGAGAAUUGCGUUCGAGGAACGGUCGCCCACCACGGCCAGAUCUGUUUCGGCACUGAACGAAUCAUCGUACAUCAGAAGGUGGCCCAGGAAUUUAUCCAACUGCUCGUCGAGGCAACGGAAGCUGUGCCCUCGACUGGCCACGCCAUCACGAUAGAGGCGGCAAAACGCGCCCACGAAGAAGCCGUGGCUGAUGAUGCCAAGUAUCUCGUCGGCACCGCCAAAUACACGGGCCGAACCUCCCUUGAGCCUUCGAUCUUGACGGACGUGAGAUCAAAGUCUCGGCUCUCCCACGAAGAGUCCUUUGCUCUGUCUGCGACCUUGUAUGUGGUCAACAGCGACGAAGAGGCGUUGGUACUGGCGAACAACACACCAUAUGGACUUUCCGCCUCGGUCUUUACAAGGAACCAUGCGAAGGGACUGGCGGUGGCUAGAGACCUCGAAUUCGGCCAGGUCCAGAUCAACUCUCACACCAUGUCUGUAAAUGGUCGCUCACUCACGGUCAAUGAAGUCUCAGCGGCACAGACAGGAUUCAAGGGAAGUGGGUGGGGAAGCAAUGGCGCUGCUUAUGGCAUCGGGGAAUUCCUAUUCAGCAAGCAUGUUUCGCUGACUCUGUGA